ACUCAAUGUAAAUUAUUUUUUUAGUACAAUGGUAAUACAUUACUCUAUAGAUCCUAAAAACACAGACAUCAGUACAAAAAUAUGUGGAUUGGUUUUGUAAGAUAGAUUCAAAAUUGUAAGGGAAAAAAAUUUAAUCAAACCCAAAACUAUGAAAUCACAACAAACUCACAAUGAAUUGGUCCAAAACAACUCCAAUACCCUAAUUUUCAUCAUCCCUUCAGCCGCCUCCCUCCAAUCCUUCGGCUUCCCUCCAUUUCAUUUUUUCUGUACUCUGCUCACCAUUUUCCUUCAAUAAAACUUACAACUGACGCUAUUUCCCUUCACUAUUUUCCGUGUUCCUCCCCUGAGAUUUAACGAUCUUUGAUCCAAGCUUUAAUUUUUAGAGAUUAGACUCCAAAUUCGAGGGAUGCCAGCAGUUCAGAUUCAUUUUUUGUUGGCCAGUUCCGGAUGAAGGCUUGUUCUGAUGGAAGAUCUGAUAGCUUAUCGGAUCAUUUACUGGUUCAGUUUCGUCAAGGUUGUCCCUGAUUAUGGUCGUAUGUCUAAGAUAUCCAAAGUGCCUAUAGAAACUAGCCCUGUUGUGGAAUCCCAUGAUAUUUCUGUGGUUUAUGCAACUAGGACACUCAUUGAAGGGUUUGUUCUUACGGAUUCUGAUGCCUCGGAAGCUUACCAAAGAAAGUGCCGAUGUACUGAUGCCCAUGAUUUCUAUAAGUGGAGGAGAAUUGAUGACGAGCCACAGAAGAUAAAGGAAGAAAGCCCCCUUCAAUGUCCUAAUCAGGAUUUGGUAACACAACUUACUAACAAUACCUCUCGGAUCUUUUGGCUUGUGACCUGAUUUGAAGUGUGGCCGAGGCCCUAAAUAGAUAUGAGCCUCUGAGGAGACUGGACCUGCAUAGCCCUUGGCUUAGAUGGGAGGCUGACUAUGACUAUUAAUCCGCACGAUCCUCCUUACGAUCCUCCUUUAAUAACCAAGAAGAAUUUUGUGAAAGUUACCACAAUGUUGUAAUGUUUUCCUCUAUUUGAGAAUGCAAUUGUGCAACGUUGUAACUCGGGAAUAAAUCUGUUGGUCUGAGGAAGAGAAAAAGAAAAUAAAAUAUGGAAUUAAUUUGGUUGGUUGUUGCAACAUGUUUGAUUAUUUUCCCAGUUGGAUCUUGUUCUAAGUGAAUGGCUUCAAAUACGAUUUCUGCAAGGAUCCAACCAAAUCAUCUAUUUCCGUCCGACGGUAUGGUGGAUCUGGAGGUUAUUCAUUCAAGUCCCAGAAAGUUGAUGAGAUAUUUCAGAGCAUAAGCCGAUAUACAUCAACUCCAGCAAAUAUUAAAUGUUGCAGUUUUACAAUUCAUCAAUCUUUUAAAUUUAAUUAGAUUUCAAUAUAUUGCACAUGGACGAUGCACCUUGCGCAUAAUAAGGUUCCAAGUGGAGUGUUUUUUUCCAGACAGUGAAGAGAUGAUGGCUGCUAACCAGUUUUGUUAAUCAUCUUUCCUGAGUUGUUCCAACUUUCAAAUUAGUUUUGCUUAACGUAAAACUAGUUUUGUUAAUCAUCUUUCCUGGUUUAAUGAAAAAAUUAGUUUUGUUCCAAAUUUUGUCAUUGUACUAUCAAAGAAAAAUCAUUUGUGGUCUUGCUUUACAUGUUCAUUAAACCAGUUUUGCUUUGUUAAAUUUAUGGUUUAUUUGCUGAGGAUAGCUGCUGAUUGUGUAUGGCGGAUAGGUGAAAUUGCAAGAACGCAAAAAAAAUACUACCCCGUUUCAAAAAAAAUAGUCCAUAUUGAAUUUUUAAAUUUGUACUAAAAACAGUAUAAAACUCAAAACUUUUUGUUUGUUGAACUAAAAAAGUACGAAAGUUUUUCCCUU